AUGUACAAUAGAUCACUUCAAUUGUGCAUCAUAAAAGAACAAGCAUACAAAUUGCAUUAUUAACAACAAUCAAGGAAGAAAGCCACUUCGUUUUAGUUAUUUUAACCUGUGCAAACUGCAAAUGUUUAACACGAUGAGUAGUGCUAACUGUGUUAUGUCGCAAAAAUGUAUAAUCCAAGCAUACCAUGAUUUAGACUACCUCCAUCUAGUUAGCGAAAGUUGACAAGUUUGAAUUCUAUCAAGUAAGACUAGAUUAGAGGAUAUAUCAUUCAUAAACCUCAAUUAAGAAUUAAUACAACAGCUGAAGUAAAUGCUGUAAUUAGAACAACAUAAUAGAAACUGAGAAUUACAAGUUCUAAUUAAUGUAUUUACUUCAACAAGUAUCAAUAGUCUCUAGAAGCAAAACCGAUACAAAGAGGGGUUGAAAAUGCUUUACAAUACUUACUUCAUUAACCCCUAGAUGAUUUGAUGGAGUGUUCUAAAUAGCUUAUAUAGUCUUAAGCCAUCACAAUAAUCAGUCUUUGCAUCUGAUAUUAUAAUACAAAUAACCAUUAAUCUAAAGAUAUUGUUUUAGAUUUCAUACAGGAUGAAACACCUUGGUAAUAAGUAUGCUUUUGCAGAUUUUAUGAAUUUGAGCUUUAUA